GGCAAGCGCGCCCGAGCCAACCCUGCGCUGUCCAGAAACUUUUGUGAACGAAGAAUUCGAACGCCACAACAAACCCACGUUUGUUAUAUGAAAGCGUCGGAAUUAUGGGAAGGCGCCCCGAAAACACAAUACAACAGAACGAUAUCAGGAUUGGACGGUGAUAGCGCCAUCAUGGCCCCGAAAAUGGCCAAUAUCAACGAGCUUGCCACGGAAGCACUGAAGCCUGCAUCUUCCGACGACCUAUUCGUGCGGUAUGAGGGCUUGUAUCCUGAAGUAUGUGCAAGAUGGAUCACAUCUGGCGCCCAGAGCGAGGAGAAAAUCGCCGCUUUUGGACGAAUCCUUCCUCUUGCGCCUCACCUUGCGGAGCACGCGGAGCGCUUCCUUGCACAUGUCUCGCAGUCGCCGUAUUUUGGGUCGCAUCACCAGCACAGUCCUAACGGGCCUGCAAACUCACAAGUCGUCGAACCUUUGCUUGGCGCCUUCCGGUUAUUGAGCUACGACUGCCGGACCUUCGCCCAGUAUGUGCGUCCAGUAGCCAUUCAGCAGCUUUUCCAGCAUGCGAACCGCUUCGUACGGUAUAUUGCAGUACGGCUGUUUUGCCUGUACGUUCAUGCGGCAGAUCAUGCUACUCAAGAGAUGGUUAGGAGGCAUGUCGGAGAAGGCGAAGUGGAAGGAACCUGGGAAACACAGCAGAUUGAUUACAGGUUUCUCUCGUUGUGGGAAGAAAAGAGGUGGAAGAAUGUGCGCUUAAGACUGCACCAGCAGUCGGAAAAUAUGGAAGCUGCCGCCCCCCACCUGCUCUCAGACCUCUCACCAUACACUGUGAACAUCAACGGAACACUGCUUCCACGACUUGAUGGCGCUGCUUCUCAAGAACGGCCUUCUGACCUCAUUUCUACACCCACAACGGUCGCUAACCUGAGCAAGAUUGCCCAUGGACUGCUUGGUUCAAGUCCUCUUCUUCUCACUGGACUUGCAGGCUCAGGAAAGACGCUUUUAACAAGACACUUUGCCUGGCAGCUUAAUAAGCUUGACAAGAUGGUUACCCUUCACCUGAACGAGCAGAGCGAUGCAAAGCUGCUGAUUGGCAUGUAUGCCACAGGUUCGAAGCCAGGGACUUUCGCAUGGAAGUCUGGUGUGCUGACGACAGCGGUCCGCGAGGGGCGAUGGAUUUUCAUCGAAGAUCUGGAUCGAGCGCCGAACGAGGUUAUCAGUACACUUUUACCACUGAUUGAACGCGGUGAGCUUUUGAUUCCAAGCCGCGGAGAGACAGUACAUGCCGCAAGGGGCUUCCGCAUUAUCGCUACAAUGCGAAGCACGCUCAACCCAAGAGGGCAGGAGAUUAUCCCCCGUCAAAACAUGAUUGGUCAUCGAUUCUGGAAUUCCAUCACGGUGCAGAUGCCCCAGCUCGAAGAGUUCAAGCAAGUCAUUUCCGCCAAGUUCCCAGUGCUGCAGAACCACCUCGCCGGUAUCAUGAAGGUAUACUCUCGAUUACUGGAGCUCUAUUCCGACGCGAAGUUCUCGUCCGAGAAUGGCACGUCGCUCCGAGCAUUGACUCCACGGGAUCUCCUGAAAUGGUGUGACAGAAUAGCUGUGCUUCUGGCUCAGGUAUCUUCUUUCAGUACCGCCCAAAGGGAUGAUAUCUUCAUGGAGGCUUUUGAUUGCUUUGCCGGCAGCUUGCGCAGCGACUCGGCACGGUUAAGAGUCAUGACCUGCGUAGCUGAGGAGCUCCAUAUUGAUCCGCAAAGGCGAGAUCACCUCCUUCGAGACCGCUCUGUGAAGCUUUUGAUUUCUCCUAAAUCGGCAGCAACAGGACUCAUUCAAGUUGGACGAGCCAAGCUUCCAAAACACAAGUCUUCGAAGCGCACAUCGUCUAACCGAACCUUUUCUACCAACAACUACACUCUGAGAUUACUCGAAAAGGUUGCCGUGGCAGUUGAUCGCAACGAGCCUUUGCUUUUAGUUGGAGAGACAGGUACCGGUAAAACAACGACUAUACAGUACCUAGCUGAACAGCUUGGUCGCAAGUUAGUAGCAUUUAACUUGUCUCAACAGAGCGAGAGCGGUGAUCUUUUGGGUGGCUACAAGCCCGUGAAUGUUCGCAGCCUUGUCAUUCCACUCAAAGAUGAGUUUGAUGACCUCUUCGACACUACCUUCUCGAGAAAGAAGAAUCUGCGCUUCCUUGAGAUGCUGGGCAAGCGCGUUGCAAAGGGCGAGUGGAAACGUGUCUGCACUCUGUGGCGAGAGGCACUAAAGAUGGUGGAUGCGGCGCGUAAGGCGCACGAGUCGCAGCCUUCUUCUCCAGAUGCGGACGGUGAUCAACCCAGAAAGAAGCGGAAGAUGGACUCACUACCAACAAACUUCCCGGCAGCACGCUGGGAGAAGUUCGCGGCAGAUCUACACGAUCUUGAAGCUCAGAUUGCAAGUGGCUCUGAAGCGUUCGCAUUCUCUUUCCUGGAAGGCAACAUUGUCAAGGCUGUUCGAAACGGCGACUGGGUCUUACUUGAUGAGAUCAACCUGGCGUCAUCGGAUACCCUUGAGGCACUCACUGAUCUCCUGGGCGGAGGACCAGACGGGACUCCCUCGAUACUGCUAACUGAGACUGGCAACGUCGAGCGAGUUGUCGCGCACCCCAACUUCCGGGUCUUUGCAGCCAUGAAUCCUGCCACCGAUGUUGGAAAGAAAGAUCUGCCCCCAGGUAUUCGUUCAAGAUUCACAGAGCUCUACGUUGAGAGCCCAGAUAGUGACGAACAGAGCUUGCGGAACAUCGCAGAGAAGUACCUUGGAGGUGACGGCACCGAUCCGGCUAUUAUCAGAGUAGCGCGCGAUGUUACUAGCCUCUACCUCGAGAUUCAACAGCUAGCGAAGGCGAACAUGCUCGUUGACGGUGCUGAUCAGAAGCCUCACUUCAGCUUGCGUACUCUUACAAGGACCCUUGCCUACGCGCGAGAAACGGCACCAUUAUGUAGCCUCCGAAGAGCUCUCUAUGAGGGUUUCCACAUGAGCUUUCUGACCUUUUUGAACAAGGCGUCUGAAGAUCUUGUUGCAUCCCUUAUCAUAAAGCACCUGUUCCCACAGAAGGCGUCUUCGAAGGCUGAGCUGAACAAACCGCUACAGCAGCCGAAUGACGGGCGCGCAUACGUGAGACAAGGUCAUCACCUCCUUCGACAAGGCCCACAUCCUGUGCAAGAGGAGCCACACUACAUCAUAACCAACUUCGUCAAGCGAAACAUGAGCAAUCUUAUUCGAGCUGCAUCAACACGACGAUAUCCUGUCCUGAUCCAGGGACCGACUUCGUCUGGUAAGACAAGUAUGAUCGAGUACCUCGCGAAACGAUCCGGCAAUACCUUUGUUCGCAUCAACAAUCAUGAGCACACAGAUCUGCAAGAGUACCUCGGUUCAUAUAUAUCAGGUGCUGAUGGGAAGCUUAUAUUCCAGGAAGGUAUUCUCGUACGCGCUCUGCGGGAGGGUCACUGGAUUGUGCUUGAUGAACUCAAUCUGGCGCCCACCGAUGUGCUAGAGGCUCUCAACCGACUGCUUGAUGACAAUCGCGAACUUCUCAUCCCCGAGACUCAGGAGGUCGUUCGACCGCACGACGACUUCAUGCUUUUUGCUACCCAAAACCCCGCUGGUCUCUACGGGGGUCGAAAGGUUCUGUCUCGAGCGUUUCGCAAUCGUUUUCUCGAGCUCCAUUUCGACGAUAUUCCGGUCGAAGAGUUGAAGGAGAUUUUGCAUCGACGUGUUCAGAUCCCCGAGAGCUGGUGCGGCAAAAUCGUCCAGGUCUAUCAGGAGCUCUCUACGCUGCGACAGGAGAAUCGUAUAUUUGAGCAAAAGAGCUUCGCAACACUUCGAGAUCUGUUCCGAUGGGCACAGCGUAAAGCCGAGACCAUCCAAGAUCUUGCUGUGAAUGGCUACAUGCUUCUAGCGGAGCGUGUACGCAAGGAAGAAGAGCGCAUUGCUGUCAAGCAAAUCAUCGAAAACGUCUUGAGCAGGAACGGGCCGAGAGUUGUCAUCGACGACGAACAGAUCUUCAGUCAGGAGAAUGUGAAGCACAUCAUCAACAGUGCCCCUGAAGAGUCGAAGCAGAUCGAUAGCGGCGUCGUUUGGACCCGGGCAAUGAGAAGGCUCUUCGUGCUUGUUCGCUAUGCAAUGGUCAAUAACGAGCCCGUUCUGCUCAUUGGCGAGACGGGCUGUGGAAAGACGAGUGUCUGUCAAAUGCUGGCAGAUGCAUUUGGGAAAGAGCUACACGUUCUCAAUGCACACCAAAAUACUGAGACUGGUGACCUGAUUGGAGCCCAACGACCGAUCCGCAAUAGAGCAGCGAUUGAAGAAAGUCUUAGGCGAGAUGUUCUGGAAGCAUUCGAAGGCAUACCCUCAGAAGUCGAGCCCCAUACUUUGGACCUGGACGCACUUCUCCAUUUGUAUGAUCAGCUUGACAAGGAACCUGCGAUAACGAUCAGGCAAGAUCUCCGCGUAUCAAUUCAGGUCAACCGUAUCAAGGCCGGGACACUCUUUGAGUGGGCAGACGGGAGCCUUGUGAAUGCUAUGAAGACAGGGCAAUACUUUUUGCUUGACGAGAUCUCACUCGCUGACGACUCCGUUCUAGAGCGCCUCAAUAGCGUUCUUGAGCCUUCGCGCACACUUCUACUCGCCGAGAAAGGACCUGUCGAUUCGCUCGUGGUUGCGGAUUCUGAGUUCCAAUUUCUUGCCACCAUGAAUCCCGGGGGCGACUACGGCAAGAAAGAGCUCUCACCUGCGCUUCGUAAUCGAUUCACUGAGAUCUGGGUCCCGGCUUUGUCUAACCUCGAAGACAUCUUGCAAAUUGUUAGGUCGAAGCUUAACUCGACUGCUGCACAAUAUGCUGAAGCUAUCGUCUCUUUUUCGCAAUGGUUCAACGACAAAUACAAUACAUCUGUGGCGUCGUCUGUCUCAAUCCGAGACACUCUUGCGUGGGUCACGUUUGUCAACAGUACAGAACAUGACAAUCCCGUUUAUGGCAUUGUCCACGGAGCUGCUAUGGUCUUCAUAGACACACUCGGUGCCAACCCAGCAGGCCUACUUGCCAUCUCCGCUAAGUCGAUCGACCAAGAACGGAGAGCAUGUCUCAAGCAGCUCAGUAAGCUUCUCCAACAAGAUAUCUCGCCACUGUACUUUGGGAACAUCGACAUUAUCAGCACAGCACAGUCCUUCCAACUCGGCAGUUUUUCGAUCCCCAAAUUUUCGUCCGCUGCUGCAGACGCAACCAGUUUUGCGCUAGAAGCACCGACUACUCGUGGCAACGCCAUGCGAGUGGUCCGCGCCUUGCAAUUGGCCAAGCCAAUCCUACUCGAGGGUAAUCCAGGUGUCGGAAAGACGACGCUUGUCACAGCACUUGCGAAGGCCGUCGGGAAGCCUUUGACCAGACUCAAUCUUUCAGAACAGACGGAUCUCAUGGAUUUAUUUGGUUCCGAUGUUCCGGUCGAGGGCGGCGCUGCGGGCACUUUCGCAUGGCGUGAUGCCCCGUUCCUCAAAGCUAUGAAGAACGGUGAUUGGGUUUUACUGGACGAGAUGAACUUGGCUUCGCAGUCCGUUCUCGAAGGCCUCAAUGCUGUUCUGGAUCAUCGAGGUGAGGUGUACAUCUCUGAGCUCGACCAAACGUUUCAAAAGCAUCAAGGUUUCCGUGUCUUUGCUGCGCAAAAUCCUCACCACCAAGGUGGUGGACGAAAAGGCCUGCCGGCAUCCUUCGUCAACCGUUUCACGGUUGUGUAUGCAGAUGUUUUCCGCCCUGAGGAUCUAGUCCUGAUUUGCAAGAAGGUCUUCCCUAGAAUCGAAGAAGAAGAGGUCAACAAGUUGAUUGGGUUUGUCGCACAACUAGACGACCAAGUUGUCACUCAUCGCGCUUUUGGUAAUCUUGGCGCGCCCUGGGAGUUCAACCUGCGUGACACACUCCGCUGGCUUCAGUUACUGGCUUCUUCGGAGUACCCUGGCUCAGCGAGAGACUUUCUUGACGCAAUCUUUCUACAACGGUUCCGUGCUGAGGAUGACCGCGCGCGGCUACUAAGACUGUUCGGAAAUGUUUACGGCGCGCAUGAACCACGUACGAGUCUUUACCACAACUUUAGCACUGAAGCAGUCCAGGUAGGAUUAGGCUUACUGCAUCGCGAUACCGCCAUCGCACGACCGCACCCAGUUUCUACACUGAGAGUCUCGCAGCUGGGACCCAUGGAAGCAUUGCUCAUCAGUGUCAAGCAGAAUUGGCCUAUCAUCAUGGUCGGCCCGCCAGGUUCUGGUAAAUCCGCCAUGAUUGGCCAUCUCUCCUCAUACGUCGGUGCAGAGCUCGUCACGUUCUCAAUGAAUGCCGAUGUCGAUGCUAUGGAUCUUGUAGGAGGUUAUGAACAGAUCGACCCAUCGCGUCACGUGCAUCAAUGUCUGGAGCAGCUGGAAGCUUGGAUCCGCCGUAAGAUUGCAGUCUCCGAGCGGCCUUCUCAGCAUCUCGUCCAACUGCUGGAGCAUCUAUACACUGACGGGACGCGUCUCACUGACGGCUUUUCCCGUUUGCUGGAAGAUAUUGCACAACAUGACACUGAAGCUGCAGUAUUAGCUCGCGAUCUGCACACUGCCUUCGAAUCUUCCAACCUGCAGAUAGACGGCGCUCGUUUCCAGUGGGUGGACGGUAUUCUUAUUCGUGCACUUGAGCAAGGCAAGUGGCUCGUGCUCGACAACGCGAAUCUCUGCUCCAGCGCUGUUCUUGAUCGAUUGAACUCGCUCCUUGAGCCUAACGGUUGUUUAUCCAUCAACGAGCACUCAACGGCCGAUGGAGAAGCGCGUGUAGUACGACCGCACCCAAACUUUAGGAUCUUCAUGACCAUGGACGCAAGAUAUGGCGAACUGUCGAGAGCUAUGCGCAACAGGGCAGUUGAGAUCUGUGUUGUCGAGACCGAACAAGCCGCAGGUUGCACGACUAUGCCGCAAUAUCCACUGGAGUCCGCCAUGUACCGUUUCCGACAAUUUUCCACCCGCGAGGAGACUAUAGUCCAGACUCUUCAAGCGAGGUUCGAGAACACUUCCUUCACUGACAACAACCUACUGGAGAGCUUUGCAAAACAAGCCCGUCUAGGUUUAGUGAGCCAGUACGAAUCAAGCGGUAUCAAUGGCAUUUCAGCCCACGAGACGCUGCAGAUGGUAGCACCUGUUCAGCUGCCACGCACACUGGAAGAUGACUUCGCUCGCUUCACUCAAUUCAUCAAUAAAACAUGGACACAGAGAAUGCAAGUACAAGUCGGUUUUGAUAACAUGGCCGGAUUACUCCCGAUUCAUCCCCUUGGCAACGAGCUGAGCCUUAACCGCUCAACCACUCUACAGGCGAACGCUUUGCAAUAUUCUCAAAUAUACGAGCUAAUGCUCGAUCUGUAUUCCAUGCAGCAGGCGAUUCAUAGGUUGCCUUCCGCCAAAUUCGAGCGUCGCAAAGAACGGCAAAAGAUGCCUGCAUUCUUGCAUUCGUUCUGGCAAGCCAUGGUAGAGCUCACCGACGGUAUCUGGGCUCUUCACAACGAGGGUCAAUAUAUGGAUCUCUCCUUCCUCAAGCCUUUACGAACCAUGUUCUGGGCGUUUUUCGCACUGGCAGAAGGCUCCGCGUUCGAUCGGGCCACUUUCCACACGUACCUUAAGAUGCUGAGUUUCAGCACACCAGUGGUGUCAACUGAGUCUCACAUCGUGGUACGGACAUUGGCUACUGUGCUAUCGAAGCAGGUUGCCACUUUUGGUGCAGACGUUCAAUUGACUACUGGUCUCUACAUGGAGCCACUGUGGCGUCAUCUCAAACCGAAUACGCCCAAGUCUGUUGCAGACCUGGAGGCAAUACUCGGACUCCAAAAUCUUGCUGACAGAUUGGACGCCGUCAUGUGGAAGUCUGAUCUGAGUGCAAGCGAGAUGAUACAGAUCCGAGAGCGGUUCGCAAGCUCUUUGCAGCUUGUUUGUGCGACGGAUGCUAAGCCUGACGAGCUGGCAACAGUUCUAGACAGUGCAGUGCGGGAACUCGAAGAGAGCGUUGGUCAGGACGAUGCCACAAUCGCACCUUACUUCGAAGAGGAGUUUGAAGGGCUCUGCCAGUUCCUCGAUGUUGCUGUCAGACAGGAUGGCGUCCAAUAUCUGCCUGACAACGCGUCGUCUACAUUGUUGACUACGAGGUCGAAGGCAGCUCUAUUCGCUCGACGCCCGACCAAACUUACUUACCUUACAGUUGGCAGAGCCCAGAGUGCGACCGAUAUUUUUGCUAAAGUGUACCGUCAUAUUGGAUUGGUCAAAGAGCCAGCAGACUCUAUGGCGCUUCAAUCUCGCUUCCAUAUUGCUGUGUUCGCGAAACUCCACGGCGCCAAUGAAGUGAAGCUUACACAGCUUGCACGCUUCGAGACAGAGCUUCAAGUCAUAUCGCAACAGUUGGUUCUUGAUGCAGAGAAGGUAACUAAUGAUCAAGACGAAGCCUUGGACACGCUCUAUCUGGACCUGUGGCAAGCUAUCGACUCGAGCAUUCCUGGAACUCUUCACACAAAAAUCAGGGCUUCUUCCAAGGCCUCUGGGCAAGAAUGGAUCGAGCUUGCCCUUAUUGGGCUGAGCGCCUACGUGCCAAACUACCCCCAUGACCCAGCUCUGCGACCUAUGAUCGAGCGCAAGAUGUUCAAUGAAGAGAGAAACAGUCUCCUUCUUGCUCUCAGCGCUCUCAGGCAGUUCCAAACCCAAUUUACUGGUCAAGACACGAGCCUGCGUAUCCGACAGAUCGAAAUUGCCAUUCGGAACCUGGGCCAAGAGCCUCCAGUACCUGCCAUUGCACGUCCUGAGGUGUCACAGCUUGACGAACUGCAAGGUGAAUUCACAAAUCUGCUCAGUAUCGUCCAGCCUCUACUCAGCAAAUCUAUGUCGGCGAGUGAGGCAGCCCUCGAUGUUACGCUACAUCAGAACGUUGUCCGCGUCAUUCAAAGGCUGACGGAAGGGUACCGAGCUUAUGACGAUAUUACCGACACCGUGGUUGGUCUCCUCGCCUGCCUGUAUCUUGGAUUGCUACUGGCUAAGAAGGAGCAUGAAGAUCAUGUGAGGAGCAAGCCGAGAGAAAGUAUACAGUACCUGUUCGGUGCGACUCCGUUCCUUGGUCUACACAACAAUACUUCUUCUAUCACCACAUCAGAUUUCAUUCAGCGCGCGGAAGAAGCUUUGUCACGGGGCAAUACCACCAUCGACCCUCGCUGGCACGCCCUUUACGUUCUGUCUUUAGUCAAGAGCACAGACCCCAACUCAAUGUCCCAGCCAGCAGCACGAGGGUUGUUACACGGCAUCUUUACGUCAUUUUUUACGGAGUUCAAGACAAAACUUCUCAAGGAUCAAGAGAAAGAAGCGCAGGACAAAAGCCUAUACUCUUUCCGCGGUAUGGAAGAAGAAGAGAACGAAGAAGAAGACCGAACGCUGUUCCCCGACUAUGAGGCUGAACAGGAGAACGGUGAUCAAUCUGCAACGUCUACUGUGCAGUCUGAAGCUCAAGCGACGUCACGUGACCAUGCGAUACGUUUGGCUAAUAUACACACCGAGCUAUUCCUUGGUGGCGGGGAGGUGUCAGACUCGGUGAAGAACCUGCUCGAUUGGUGUGCACUGGAGGUGAACCGUGUCGCCGAAGGCACCAGCCAUGGCACCUCGCCCGAGGAUAGUCUCCCUGCCAUAUACCUGGCACUCGAAAGGAAGUCUGACGCACUCAACAGCUCCGGCACUGGAUCAAACUACAACUUCUACUUUGAUGCGAACCUGCCUGAAGCCAAACGUUUGAUCACUUUUGUACACCGCAUCCAGGCUCGCUACCGUCAAAUUCGUAGCGUCUGGCCCGAACAUAUGACGCUCACAGACGUUUUACGGACCUGCGACGAAGCUCUUGCCUUCCGCCAUGUUGAUCCUGUUGCCAAGUUCAUCACCAAGGCCGAGAAACUGCACGCCUACAUGUACGAGUGGCAGAGAGUCGCUAGCAAGCAAUACAGUACUGCAGAUCUUUUCGAUGAUCUGACAAAGUUACUGGUCAGUUGGAGACAACUUGAGCUCACGACAUGGGCUAGGCUUUUUGAUUUGGAAGUCGAAAAGUGCCGCGACAGUGCAAAGAGCUGGUUCUUCGUUGCGUAUGAAACCAUCAUCGCGGCGUCUGAGAGUAUUGAGGAUGAACAGGCCAUGAGAAGACAUGCCAAAGACCUACUGAAGUCUCUGGAAAGCUUUUUCGAGAGCACCACGCUAGGCCAAUUCGAACAGCGACUCAAGCUCCUUCAGCAACUUCGACAACAUGCUGCGAUGCGGAUGCAGGACCAUGAGCAUUUCAGGAUUCUCCACUCCGCGCUCGAAAAUUUCAUUGCGUACUUUUCACGGCUGGAGAAGCCGGUACACGAAGCGCUUACUAAGGGACGGCAAUUGCUGGAGAAAGAGGUCAGCAACGUUAUCAAGCUUGCAAGCUGGAAGGACACGAAUAUCGAGGCCCUUAAGCAGAGUGCAAAGACAAGUCAUCGCAAGCUGAGUAAACUUGUGAGGAAGUUCAGAGCUGUGCUCAACAAGCCGGUCUCUAGCGUUAUAAGCGCUGGGUUCGCGGACGACGGGUCUUUGCAAAGGGACGCCUCGGAAGCACUUGUCAGCCCAGCAAUUAACCCUGAAGCCAACGCAUGCUGCGAUAGUCAUGUUCCUGGCUGGAUAGAGCGGCCUACACGUUUCAAGAACCUGCAGGUUACAAUCAACAUGAUGCGCCACUUGUCCUUGCCAAGUAGCGACAGGGUCAAUGGAGCGGCAUAUAUCGAAGAUCUCGUGAGUAGCGUCACAGCGUCGAUAAUGGAACUGCAAAAGGCCACGCCUUCUACCCUGACGGAGGACAACAAGACAGAAGUCCAACAACUCAAGACUCAGAAGCGCAAACUUUACGCGGAUACGAUGAAAGAGUUGCGCCAGAUGGGCGUCAAGUCAAAUCUGAGUGUUGACACUCUGGUCAAACAAGACGAGCUUUCUACAGUAUUGUCGACACUGCCUAUAGUUCACAGCACAGGUAUUGGAUGUGGCCUUGUUGCUGAAGGCCACUUGCACAAAGCGCUCAACCUGAUGCCCCAAGUCCGAGCAGUGUCAAAGGAGCACUCGGGCGAUUUGACAAGCAACGAUGUUGCUAAGAGCAUUGGGUACAUUGAAGGCUUGUUGCAAAUGUCGAUCAAGCAAAGAACAAUCCUUAGCCGUGCUAGUCAAACUCUCGAGGCAAACAAGACAACACUGACAAUCGUCGCAAAUCUUUGGCGGGCCGAUGGAAGUACUCUUGUGGCUGCAACCCAACAGCAUACUGAGGCAAUCCAGUCUUUGCAGCCUAACUUGAGGUGGCUUGUCGCCGCGCUUGAGACUGCUACUAGUGUCGUUGCUGCACAGGCAAAACUUGGAAAGACGAAUGAGCUUGAUGUCUUGCUAAGAGCUAUGCGGGAUUGGACGACGAAAAUGAAUGAUCUUGUCAGUGUAUCCGACAAGUUGCCUGAGUUGCCAUCCAACAUCCAUUCGGACGCCCAUGAGGCAUUUGACAAGGCUGUCAGGGCCACAACCGCAGACCUCCGAUCCGCGUUCGACGGGUGGAACACCAACGAAAUUGCCCGAACAACGCUCAAACACAUUGUGCCGUUCAUCUUCCGGAUCCCGGAAGUCGAUACUCGACAGAAUUCGGACGAGUUGCAAUACACAAUCGAUCAGUGCUCGAAGGACAUCUUUAGUGCCUUAGACUCGAUCUUGGGAUCCAUGCAAGAUGUUGAUGUCGCACUAAAAGAGCUCCCAACAUCGUCCGAAGAUGCUGCAUGGCUGGUGAAAGAGGAACAGGCUCUGUCUGCUGCCAUAGGUAGCAUCCAUGCGACCCAGAUCUGCAACACUCUACAACUUAUCCUUGAAAAGAUGCAGUAUCUCCACAGCAAUGUCCAUCUUCAAGGAAUCGCUGCUAUGUUCGCAGCCAUUCAGCCUGUCUUGAACCAAUACGUUGCAUCACAUCAGUACCUCGUAGAUCGCUUUGACGCACUACAUGCAUCAACAACCGACCUUCUCUACCGACUUUCGAGAUCGUUCAUACAGGUUGGUACUCAAGGUUUCUGCCAACCCCCCGAGAAGUCUUCAGAUCAACAAAAGGCUAAGGACGACAAACUUGAGGAAGGCACUGGUCUCGGGGAGGGCGAAGGUGCGGAAGACAUUUCCAAGGACAUUGAAGACGACGAGGAUCUCGAAGACCUGGCUCAAGAGAAAGGUGAACGGGAAGGUAGUAUUGAAGAGCAAGACGAUGCUGUCGAUAUGGGCGAGAAUGAUAUGGAAGGGCAGACUGAAGAGGUGGGUGAGAGAGAGGACAAAGGUGAUGAAGAGGGCGAAGAGGGCGACGACGAUGUGCAGAGCGAAGUUGGAAGCGUCGAUGAUCUUGGUCCAAGUGCGGUGGACGAGAAGAUGUGGGAUGAGGGCGGUAAAGACGAAGACGCAAAGGACAAGGAGGGCAAACAGGAUGUCGGUACUGAGGACCAAGAGGAGCAGGUCGCUAGUGAGCAGAAAGAGAAGGAGAAAGAAGAAGCUGGCGAGGAAGGCAAAGAAGAGGACAAGAAAGACGGUCGGGACGGCGAAGAGGAUGAAGAAAUGGAAGGAGAAGAUCAAGAUGAAAACGUAGGUGCGGGCGAAACUGAGCAGAUGGACCCACACGCGAAAGAGGAAGAGACCCUUGACCUUCCUGAGGACCUCAACAUGGAUGGUCAAGAUGAAGACAGCAAAGAUAACGAGCUGGAUGACUUGGAUAUGGGCGAUGAUGUUCCCGAAGAUGGAAUAGAUCCUGAUGUGGACCCCGACGCUGGACCUGACACCGUUGACGAAGAGAUUGGCCCCGAGCAGGAAGAUGAGGAGGAGAAGGAUACGACCGGUCAUAUCCAAGAUGAAGAACCACCGGCGGAGGACGAAGACGAGGAAGGCGAUGAGCUAAUGGAAGAUGAUGCCAUUCCUUUACCCGACGAAAAUGUGCCGGAUGACGAGCCCCGCGAGCAGAAGGACACCGACCAGACCGAUCCGAAUGCUGAGGCAGGAGCCGGUACAGAGGCAAAUGAAGAAGCACAUCAGAACAAGAAUGAGCAAGCCUCCGCCAGCGCUGCCAAUCGCGACGAGGGUGAAGAAGGCGACGGGUCAGAUCAAAAACAAGAUACUGCUGCCGAGGAUGGUACACUAGGUGAAACAACUGCUCCUGAUGCAGGCGGCCGUGGUGAGGAACCUGAACAGUCAAAGGAGUCUCAAUCCUUUAAGAAGCUGGGCGAUGUGCUAGAGAAGUGGUACAACCAGCAGAAGGAGAUUUCCGAAGCGCGGGAGAAGGAUGAAACCCAAAUUCAACAGAUCGAUAAAGAGAUUGACAUGGCCGACCAAGACUUUGAGCAUCUUCAGGAUGAAGAGCAGCAGGCUGAUACCCAGGCACUGGGCACCGCGACCGAAGAGCAAGCCAAAGCGCUCGACCACGACAUGGCCAUGCCGAUGAAUGAGAAAGAGGAAGAAGACAAAAUGCCUACUCGACCCGAGGACAACGAUCAAGACACGGCCAAUCCACAGGAUGUGGAGAUGGAUGAUGCGGAUAGCAAACCUGAGGUCGAACAAGAGGAGCAGCAGCCUCCACCUGGUGCCACAGACGGACUGCCACAAGCUUUCAUAGGUGAUCAGAAGCCUUUCACCAGUCAAGACGAUGAAGAUAUGAACGACGCUAUGCCUCUUGACGAAGACUUGUCCGAUUCUGAGUCCAUACAAGAAGUCGACCAUCGACUUGAGACUACGCAUCUCGAAGCAUCUGCUAUGGACUCAACGACCGCCCGAUCCCUUUGGCUUGCCCACGAAACAGCAACGCACUCGCUCUCUCAACAACUUACCGAAUCUCUUCGCCUAAUCCUUGCGCCUACACUUGCGACCAAACUCCGCGGCGAUUUCCGUACAGGAAAACGUCUCAACCUCAAGCGCAUCAUCCCUUACAUCGCAUCGGGUUAUAAGCGUGACAAGAUCUGGCUGAGGCGUAGCCAGCCAAGCAAGCGCAGCUACCAAGUCAUGAUUGCACUGGAUGAUAGUAGGAGUAUGGCGGAUAGUGGGGCUAGCAACCUUGCGCUCAAGACUUUGACCUUGGUUACGAGAUCGCUAGCUAUGCUUGAAGUUGGCGAAGUGUCAGUCGUAGGAUUCGGCGACUCGGUAAACGUGGCGCACGACUUUGACAAGCCAUUUACGUCUGAAGCGGGUGUAAGGGUAUUCGAGCAGUUUGGGUUCGACGCCGCGAAGACCGAUGUCCGCGGGCUUGUUGACAAGUCGCUCGAUCUCUUCGCCGAGGCAAGGAGCCAGGGAAGUUCAAGUGCAGGCGAAGAUCUGUGGCAAUUGAUGCUCGUUGUCAGUGACGGUAUAUGCGACUCACAUGCGGAGAUUCAACGCCUUGUCCGUAAGGCGCAAGACGAGCGAGUCAUGAUUGUUUUUAUCAUUAUCGAUGCAACAGCAGCUGCGCCGUUUGCUGCGCCGGUGCCAAACUCCAGCGACAACUCGGCCAGUCAGACCGGGGUGCCAAAGAAGGAGUUGAAGAAAAUGAGUAUUCUGGAUAUACAGUCAGUGAACUUCACACCUGAAGGUAAGGUGGACAGGUGGAAGUACAUGGAGCGCUUUCCAUUCAAAUACUACUUGGUAGUUAGGGAUGUGCGAGAGUUGCCAGGAGUGUUGGCAGGUGCGCUGAGGCAAUGGUUUGGAGAAGUCGCGGGAAGUGGCUCAUAGGUAUCUGCAUCUGCACCAUAUGGCGUUCUGAACAUGUGUGGUACAUUUGUGGGGUCUGGGGUAAAAAUUGUAGGCUUGGAUCUACAGGAGUAGAUGGGGGUCUGCAAUAAUCGCAAUUGUUCGAGUUCAGUGUACGUGCCCUAGUUUGUGCAUGCACGGAGAUAAUUGGCGCUUGGAGCAUGAGGCUCUUGUGCCCGUUGUGGGUAUAGUAGUUGCGGCCCGUUCCCGUUCACACUCUACCCCGCAGAAGUGAUUGUCUGAUGCAGUCACAGCUCUAAACAUGAAUCAAGCGUUCAGGACUGGAUAGAAUGAUGAUAUUGACUGAGCUCUAUUGAACCGACUCAUGACACUUCUAGUUUGCCAACGAACCUCCAGCACCGUUGACCUUCUCGCAGUAAUGGUUCAGUUCGUCUCCCCCAAUGUGCCACGCUGGGGAGGAGCAGACGUUCAAGUUGCCAGUCACUUUC